UUCUUUCGCUAAACAUCGCAUUAACCGUAUUACGUUUAAAUUUUAUCCACUAGCUUACCAUUACUAUACGCUAUGGAGCUCAGUGAUAUCGAAAUAUCGUACGGUGAGGAGUAUCUACAGGAAUUUUUUAUUAGCGACAUUGAGCAACAAGUCGGUUUUUGUGGUGAAAUUUAUGCAGAAAAAGGCUUUAAUGACGAGAACGGUCAUAUUGUAUGUGAAGAUAACGUGACUGACCAACCAAAACUACCUACCAAAACAAAGAAAUCGAAACGACGAGCCAGUCUUACUGAAUUUAGCGAUUCCACUACGACUAAACGUAAAAAUGAGUGUGCGAAACGCGAGCUGAACAGCAUUGUCAAUCAGCUUGGAAAGAUUGACUGCCAGCUCAACACAAAUGGCGACAGGUCCCGCGUUGACAUACAUUUUUACGCCAAAUUUACCAGCUUUAAGUCGAACCGCGAAUGUACUUUUAAGUAUCCUCAUGAAUUUGCUGGACUCACUGAUGCACAAGCUGUUCUACCGCGAAACGGUUGCAUGGAAAAUUCGUGUGCGUUCGGAAACAAAGAUCGAAAUGUCUAGGUUAACUGUUCGUACAGUAGUCACGAUGGACAAGGUUGUUUGUAUCGAGUUCAUGCACCGUGCAUUGGGUUCCCUAAAUUGGAAGAAGACAACAUUAAGCUGCUGGACGGAUGGUGUUGUCCACAGCACAUCGAAGUCAUGAUGAACCAAAAGUAACCAAAUUUGUCACUUGAACAAGAUGUUUAUGAAUAUGAAGAAAUGCAAAAAACCUGAAUUCGACUACUUUCUAAAGAGUGUACUCUCACUAGGAAGCUGCUCUAU